AUGUGGAACGACGAGGACGACAACAACCCGUACGGGACCAGCUUCGACCGCCGGGACUCCAUCACCUCGUCCUCCGCAAAUCCCACCUCGCCCACCUCGCGAGACUCGUUGGAUGACUCUCCGGAUGAGGCUGAUGCAGAGUGGGACUUUGUAGACCCUCGAUACGAUGCCCCCCAUACCCCCUCGACUACCAGCGAAGAGGCCCCGCCGCCCCGUCCCUACGGUCAGGAAGCGAGCGAUGUCGACAGCGACGAAGAGUAUGCGGCGCAAGCCCGGAGCCAGGUUCCGAGAAGGAAGCCCGGCGGCUAUGACAGUCGCAUCGAACAGAUCCUCUACGAGAACCCCGAGCUGGACAUACUGAUCACGGAUGCCGGCAAGAGUUUGGAGAACGGCGGCAGAUACAUCGUCUACACCAUUCGAACAGGCGAUCUCGAGGUACGGCGCCGUUACUCAGAGUUCGCCUCACUACGAGAUGCCCUCACCCGGCUUCACCCUACCCUCAUCAUUCCGCCCAUCCCCGAGAAGCACACCAUGGCAGAUUACGCAGCGAACCCCACGAAUGCGAAGCAGGACCAGCAAAUCAUCGACUUGCGAAAGCGCAUGCUGGCCGUCUUCCUGAACCGCUGUCGGCGCAUGGAGCAGGUCAGGAACGACGGUGUUUGGUGGAGAUUCUUGGACCCCAACGCAAGCUGGAACGAGGUGCUUCACACCCAUCCCGUCGCAUCCAUCCCGAAACAUGUCCUGAAGGCGCCGCCCUUGGAUACGGCCAAUGCGUCAGCAGGACACUCGUAUCUCCCAGUUCCUGCCGCCUCAGCCAAGCUUCGCACAGGCGCAUCAGGAGGCUACGAUGGCUCCGGUAGCAUGGUUGGAUCGCAAGUACUGCGUCGUUUCCCUGCGGACACGAACGAGUUAAGCGAGCAGGACCUCGAUCCCUAUUUCAUCAGCUUCGAGGCCUCGAUCAAGGAACUUGAGAAGUUGCUGAUGGGACCGAUGGAGAAGGUCAACAGGCGCACGCUCAACCACCUCACAUCGCUGUCUACCGAUCUUUCCGAUCUCGGCGCAAAGUACAACGCUUUCGCCCUGUCCGAGCAAUCACACACGCUGGCUGCUGCAAUCGAGCGCAUUGGCCAGGCGGCAGACUCAUCGUACAUUGCGACAGAGGAGCUGGCAGGGUCGCUCGGCGCCAGCUUCGCGGAGCCCAUGAGGGAGAACGCGCAGUUUGCCAGUGUCGUCAGGAGUGUGUUGCAGUACAGGCUGCUGAAGAGAGUGCAACAAGAGAUGACGAAUGACGACCUGCACAAGAAGCGCGCUCUGCUCGAUCAACUUGAGAGAAGUGAGGCCGAGGCGAAAAGAAUCGAGCAGUACCUGAGCAGUUCACAACAGAUCAGUGGCAAUCAACAACACCAUCCGCCUCGGAGAUCAUCAAGCAUGAAGGAAACGUCCACGCAGCACCAUAGGGAGGGCAGCGGGGAGGACACGGCUUCCAUUGACUCUGACUUCGCUCCCACCCAUGGUGACUUCUCGUCUGCCCCGUCGGCUAGGGUUGGCGCACCUGAGUACUCCAACCCUAGUCCAUCCCACAAGAAGGCACCCAGCGGCAACUCGAUUACAAACAAGAUCUUUGGGCCGAUCCGGCACGCCGUGCAGGGUGUGGUUGAUGUUGAUCCGGAACGGACGCGGCGUGAUACCAUUGGCAAGACAAAGGAAAGCAUAGAGCAACUCGAGCAGGCUCAAGUUGUGUCAGCGCAGGACGUUAAGGAUGCAAGCGCAAGCAUUCUCAAGGAUCUGAAGAGAUUCCAAGGCGAGAAGGAGGAUGACCUCAAGCGAUACAUGCUUGCGUAUGCCAAAAGCCAGAUCGAGUGGGCGAAGAAGUCCAAAGAGACCUGGGAGGAGGCCAAGGCCGAGGUUGAGAAGAUCGACGAGGCUUAG